CGAAGUUUGGCAAUGGUUCUAACAAUUGGUGUGUACUGAACUUUGCUCCUUCGAUAGAAUGAAACAAGAUGCAAGAUGCCCAUGGAAUAUUUCUUUCCCGAGAUAAAAGAAAACAAAGUCAAAAACCACACAUAGAAAACUAUUGACGAUCGUCUAUUUAAAAAUCCAUAAAAUCUGUGGAAAGGCGUACAUUUGUUGGGAUUUGGCGCCAUCUGUUCAAACUGACGUCCGCUCUGACUUCAACCCACAGAAACCUCCCUCAUUUCCUUUUUCUCCUACGAAUCUUGAUCUCCCCUUUAAAUUCUACCUCGCUUUCCUCUCCUUCUCUCUUCCCAUUUCCAAAAAUAAAUAGAUCAAAGAAGACGCCCACAGUACGCAUAGAAACUAAGAAGAUAAUACGAAGAACAAAAUGGGAGAAAAUGGAGUUUUCGCAGCUAUAGUCGCUGGAGAUACCUUCAAAUACUACUCAGAAGGCGAAUGGAGGGUUUCUUCCUCCGGGAAAUCUGUUCCGAUCAUCAACCCAACCACCCGAAAGACCCAAUUCGAAGUCCAAGCAUGUACACAAGAAGAAGUGAACAAGCCCAUAGCUGAAUGUCUUGUUAAAGAGAUUGCCAAACCAGCCAAAGAUGCUGCUACUGAAAUUGUGAGGUCUGGAGAUUUGGUGGCAUAUUGUGCUGAAGAAGGUGUUAGAAUCCUUGGUGAAGGAAAGUUUUUAAUGUCAGAUAGUUUUCCUGGAAAUGAAAGGACCAAAUAUUGUCUAACAUCAAAGAUUCCUUUAGGUGUUGUAUUAGCAAUCCCACCCUUCAAUUAUCCAGUCAAUUUGGCUGUUUCAAAGAUUGCUCCUGCUCUUAUUGCAGGCAACUCCCUUGUACUCAAGCCUCCUACACAGGGUGCAGUGUCUGCACUCCACAUGGUACAUUGCUUUCACUUGGCUGGUUUCCCAAAAGGUGUCAUUAGUUGUGUUACUGGAAAAGGUUCAGAGAUUGGUGACUUUCUCACAAUGCAUCCCAUAGUUAAUUGUAUAAGCUUCACGGGUGGAGACACGGGAAUUGCAAUCUCAAAAAAGGUGUCAAUGAUUCCAUUACAAAUGGAAUUAGGUGGAAAAGACGCUUGCAUUAUCCUUGAGGAUGCAGAUUUGGAAUUGGCUGCAUCCAAUAUUGUCAAAGGAGGCUUCUCUUAUAGUGGUCAACGAUGCACGGCUGUUAAAGUUGUGUUGGUGAUGGAAUCCGUAGCGGAUAUUCUCGUGAAAAAAGUCAACGAAAAAGUCGGAAAGUUGACCGUGGGCCCCCCGGAAAACGAUUGUGACAUCACUCCCGUGGUUACGGAAUCGUCUGCAAAUUUUAUAGAAGGUUUGGUUAUGGAUGCAAAGAAAAAAGGAGCAACAUUUUGUCAAGAGUAUAAGAGAGAAGGUAAUCUUAUAUGGCCACUUUUGCUUGAUAAUGUCAAACAAGACAUGAGAAUAGCAUGGGAAGAGCCAUUUGGACCCGUGUUGCCUAUUAUAAGGAUUUCUAAUGUUGAAGAAGGGAUUCAUCAUUGUAAUGCAAGCAAUUUUGGGCUUCAGGGUUGCAUAUUUACAAAAGACAUUAACAAAGCAAUGUUGAUAAGUGACGCGAUGGAGACGGGUACGGUUCAAAUAAAUUCAGCACCGGCUCGAGGACCGGACCAUUUCCCUUUCCAGGGUUUGAAAGAUAGUGGGAUUGGUUCGCAAGGAGUGACAAAUAGUAUUAACAUGAUGACAAAAAUCAAAAGUACGGUGAUCAACUUGCCCACUCCUUCGUACACAAUGGGCUAGUAGUAGUUAGAGGGGAAUGCUUUUGGUGAAGGUCGUUUGUAUAUAAGCUUAUGUGAAGUGUUGAAGAGGGUGAUAUUAUGGUAUUAUGUAAUCUUGGUGUUUGAAUAAUGAUUUUGUUAAUUGGCAAA